AUGGCAAUGACCCUGGGUUACUGGGACAUCCGCGGGCUGGCCCACGCCAUCCGCCUGCUCCUGGAGUACACAGACUCAAACUAUGAGGAGAAGAAGUACACGAUGGGGGACACUCCUGACUAUGACAAAAGCCAGUGGCUGAAUGAAAAAUCCAAGCUGGGUCUGGACUUCCCCAAUCUGCCCUACUUAAUUGAUGGGACUCACAAGCUAACCCAGAGCAAUGCCAUCCUUCGCCACAUCGCUCGCAAGCACAACAUGUGUGGGGAGACAGAAGAGGAGAAGAUUCGAGUGGACUUACUGGAGAACCAGGUUAUGGAUGUCCACUUACACAUGGCCAGGAUCUGCUACAGCCCUGACUUUGAGAAACUGAAACCUGGUUACUUGAAGGAAAUUCCUGGAAGGAUGAAGCUCUUCUCAGUUUUUCUGGGGAAGAGAUGUUGGUUUGCAGGGAACAAGCUCACCUAUGUGGAUUUCCUGGCUUAUGACAUCCUUGAUUUGCAACGCAUAUUUGAGCCCAGGUGCUUGGAUGAAUUCCCAAACCUGAAAGAUUUCCUCACCCGUUUUGAGGGCCUGAAGAAGAUCUCUGCCUACAUGCAGUCCAGCCGCUUCCUCCCAGGCCCUCUGUUCCUGAAGCUUGCCGUGUGGGGCAACAAGUAG